AUGUUCCUACCCACGCCCACCUCUGCAGGGGAUUUGAAGUUAAUAGCAAUUGGGCUUACAUGUGUGAGUGUGGUGCUGCUGAUUAUAACACUGUGCCUGACUGUUGCUGUGUGCCAGCGGCGACACAGACAGACUGGCACCUCAGAAACGCCCAUCAACACCACCAGCGUCACCCAUGACGGUGCUACGGACGAUUACGACCCAUCAAGUCACUUCUAUGAGACCAUUGACCUGGAUAACCUGAAAGUUCAGUUGGAUAAAGACAAGAGUGAAACACAGAUGAAUCUCAGGCAAGAAAAUGGAAGAAGGAUCAGCCACACCAGUAUCAACAGUUUGUACGGAUAUAUUGGACCGCCCAGCGCAGAGAAUAUUGCUCAGUAAACCAUUUAGUGCAGAGAAUAUUGCUCAGUAAACCAUCUAGUGCAGAGAAUAUUGCUCAGUAAACCAUCUAGUGCAGAGAAUAUUGCUCAGUAAACCAUCUAGUGCAGAGAAUAUUGCUCAGCAAAAAACCAUCUAGUGCAUAGAAUAUUGCUCAGUAAACCAUCUAGUGCAGAGAAUAUUGCUCAGUAAACCAUCUAGUGCAGAGAAUAUUGCUCAGUAAACCAUCUAGUGCAUAGAAUAUUGCUCAGUGAACCAUCUAGUGCAGAGAAUAUUGAUAAGUAAACCAUCUAGUGCAGAGAAUAUUGCUCAGUAAACCAUCUAGCGCAGAGAAUAUUGCUCAGUAAACCGUCUAGUGCAGAGAAUAUUGCUCAAUAAACCAUCUAGCGCAGAGAAUAUUGCUCAGUAAACCAUUUAGUGCAGAGAAUAUUGCUCAGUAAACCAUCUAGCGCAGAGAAUAUUGCUCAGUAAACCGUCUAGUGCAGAGAAUAUUGCUCAGUAAACCAUCUAGUGCAGAGAAUAUUGCUCAGUAAACCAUCUAGU